GAAAAAAGCAUAUUUUCAACUCAAAGCAAAGCAGUUUUGUCGUUAAUUGUAUGGCUUGGCGGUGACUAACCAGAUUAAUUGGAAUUAUCUUCGAACAGACCACUCCAAGUCUCCUUAAUCUGCAUCUUUCAGUGCCAAUAUCGGCUGCCAUAGCCCUGGAAAACACUUUUGCGGUAUUCUGAACUAAAGGAUGAGCGAAUGCAAAGUGGCUUUUUGAAAGAUUCUGGGCGACUGCGCCUGCUCAGGACUGCACAAGAGGUCAGCACAAAGGGCUGGAUACGGUUUUCCUCCGUAAAGACUGGCGUGUCCAAAUUCAAUCCGUGUUUAGUGUCUUUGUGACGAUUUUGUUUCUGCGUCUUAAGAAAGCUGGUUUAUAUUGACGGCCACAACUCUCAAAGGUUCCUCGAUCGACUUCAAGAAGUCUGGCACAUUAAGACAUAAGUCGCUAAUUUAUUAGACUAAAGUGGUUCAAGAAGGUAUCUGCAACAUCGAGUUAAGUCCAUGAUGUGUCAAGCGUUUGUUACUAAUAUUUGCUUAUCUCCAAGGCAACAAACAAAAUAGUAAAAUACUGUCUUUGCGAAUUCGUAUAACAUUUACACAGCUUUGGGUAAUAAGCAUUUCCAGGAGAGUAAAGUGGAUUUUAAGACUGCGCUUAUUUCAUUUAUCUCUAAGUCUCUUAAUCGUAAGCGUACUAGUUUAGUAUAGUUUCUUUUAAUUAUGCCUAAUCCUCCGUCGACCAAGAGCACAACAUCCUCACAGGCCACUGCCGAACCACAUGCUGACCCUCAUCCUGAGCCAGGCCCUGACUGGGAAGUAGCAACACAGAUUUGGGGAGUAGCCUGGCAGGUGCACUGGGCUGGAUUCGGUAUCAUUUUCAGCAUGUUAGCUCUGCGCUCCCUCAUCGCCCUAGCGCAAGUCAGAAAGAGGGAAGGAUUUGGUAGAAAGCCUUUGGUCGUCGCUAUCAACGUAUUGGUUCUGACACAAGGAGUGACACGAGCCUUGUUUUUGUUUUUGGAUCCUUACGAGUCAAGGACAAAUGGUUUAAAGGUCCCAUCUUGGCUGACGAAUUUAUUGUACGGUAUCACAUUUCCCUGUUUGACUUCCUCCUUCUGCCUUAUACACUUAGUAUUUAUUGAAGUCUCUAAGGUCCAAAUAGGAUCCAAAAAACUUCAAAGUGUGUCCUUCUUAAGCGUGGUUAUCACAAUUCACUUUGCGAUCGUCGUAACGGCAGAAACAGUAACCGCUAUAAAAGCCGAGCUUACACCAUUGAUUAUUGUAUGCCAGUCGCUAUUCAUUCUUUGGGGCUUCCUCCUCUCGACAAGCUUUAUUUACAGCGGAUUAAAAGUAAUUCAGCACGAUCUUACCGUUCAGAGAGAACUCCAAAUGGUCCAGAUCGGAACGGCUGAUAGGGUGGGUCGACCAAGACAAGCAACAGGAACUAUUAAAGUUGCAAAGAUCACCCUGGCAACAAGUAUUUUAGGAUUUGCAUGCUGUGGACUGCAGCUUUAUUCCCUCUUUGGUGUGUACAGCUUAUAUAGCAAAAUUGUAAACCCAGCUCCCUGGCCGUGGUGGACAUUUCAAACGUGUUUUAGACUUGUGGAAUUCUUCAUGGCUUGCACCAUAGCCUACAGUGUUAUGCAACGUUCCUCAGUAAGAGAAAUAAGCAAAACCAACAAUCACAGCAACGACAUCAGCAAAGAUAUAAUCAAGCCUGGGAACUGUUAAGUUUGCUCGCACUGCAACUUAUUACCCGUCAGACGAGUAGGCCGCAAAGAGAACAAGAAACUUGGGGAGAAGUCACCAUCUGCACACACAUUCUGUACUGAACUUUCUGUGACAGCGUUUCGGACGAUAUGUUAUCCUUGUGGAAAACCCAGCAGUGGCUAUGGUUUUCAGAUAAGUGUGUCGAUCAGCGCUUUUCAAAUGAGAAAAUUAACAAGUCUUUCAAAUUUGCUGUCAAAUCAGUUACAUAAGGACCGGUUUGACAUGGUAGCUUUGCAUCAUUCGAGCUAUCAUAUCUGAGCUAACUGAAUAAUAACACAGCCAGGAAUAUCUACAUUGGUCGAAAUUGGUUAGGGUUUGGUAAUCAAUUUGCACUUCCUCCAAAUAAAUUAUGACAUUGUCAGAAAAGACUUUGAGGCGAACGGGUAAAUGUGAGGGCGAACCCGUCAAGAACGGGUGGAGGUAGUAGAGCGCAAACUCACAAUAGCGAGAGACCUCUAGAUAUCGAGAAAACUCUUGGAUUUGCAAAAUAGUUAAUUUAAAAUGGAACUCUUAAGGGACAUUAAAAUGAUAGAUAUCUCAUUAUGCUGCGUGAAUUAAAUGUAAGUAAAAAGACAUUAAAUUUGAAAUACGAGCGACACAAAUUUAGUGUACAAUCUCUCUUAUCUUUUGAGCUAAACUCAAACGGCGUGAAGUAGAUGGAUUAAAUUUUUAUUUUUAAUGUUAAGAUAAUGAAUCAAUGUUCAUUAAGAAGGCAUGUCAAAUAAUUGAUUUUCAGAAAAAUCCAUUAGACGGGCCUUUCAUAUCUUG